AUGGAUGCAUCACUAAGGGAAGUUUCUGCCAAACUGGAAGUUCUGGAGGCCAAUGAUGAGGGAAAGAAGAAAUCUAAAUUUAAAGCCUUCAAGAAUUUUUUUGGCAAGAAGAAGAGAAAAGAGCCUGAAGGUAUCCAGAGAAGAAGCAGCAGCCUGAAACCAAGCUCGUCCAACAGCAGUAUCAACGACUCUUCUCUGAAUCUGGUUCAGGAAGUUCAACAACCUACGUUUAGUGUCAGGAGAAGCAUGAGCAAAUCCUUGUCCCAUGAAAGCAUCUUCAUGUUGGAGUCUGAGCCUGAAAGCCCAGGACGUAAAAUAUACCCCUCUCCAGAGCUCCAGAGUGUCAGAUCUUUGGAGAGAUCUGUUUCCAGAACUCUGUCUAUCACUAGCAGCUUGCAUAGAUCUGUUUCUGGAUCUCUGCUUGGAGUUAUGCCCCAUUACGUGCAAAGAAGAGGAAUCUGGAUUGGAGGCUCCAAGAUCACUGAGAUUCCACCACUGCGAGCACGCCAUUCCAACAUCGACCUUACACAAUCUGACACAAUCUCACAGGACUGUGAAGAAAUCUUUUCUGAUGAUGAGUCACCUGAGACCCCAAGAAAGAAGGAUUUUCCACCAAUGUUGACAAUGAAGAAGAGCUCCUUUGAGCCCCCAUCUAUACCCAUGCGUACACAGUCCUUGACAACAAUUGCCACGCUCACCUCUCCCAGCAGCCCCCAGCUAUCCGUUAGUUUCAGCACCCCAGCUACCUCCCAGGGCUGUUUGGAUUCUUCAGCUGCUCGACACAAGAUGGCUUUAAACCCCCGAAAACAAAAGAAGUACCUUCAAGCGACUAUGAAGUCAAAGCAGGAGGAUCCAGGCCUUCCACUGGUUUCUGGAGAGAACACCAAACCAAAAGCAGUUACCCAAAAGAAGCUCAAAGACAUUGCAGGUCCCUCAAGUCAGGAACAGAGCAUCAAAACUGAGAUUUAUAAGACAACAGACCAGGCUGCAAAUGCAGAUGCUGCUGAGAGUCAGGGCUACUCAUGGUCGGCAGCAUAUGGAAAACGACGUGGAAAAAAAGAAGCAAGUGUUUCAGAAAAGAAUGAGUGUGGAUCCAAAGGAAGGAGCUUUAAACAGCCUAGUCGAGGGCGUGGCUUAGGUAAUAGAGCUGGGUACCCAUCUGCUGAUAAGAUUGCCAGGGAUAGCCCUUUCUGCCGCUUUUCCUUGGAGACACAAGUCAUGAAGCAGCCCAGAGCUCCACAAGUAGAAAAUAUUACUCCUCGGGAGUUGCUUUCAGAUGAAAAUGACACGAGAAGGAGACUGACUGGUUUAGAUUUUAAAACCAGAAAAGCAUCAAUGUCAUAUAUCAGACCUAAUGACAGGAAAGGGUCCAUGGCUAGUGGUCCAUCACAAUACCUUGAAGAUGAGGCUUCUGGAACUAAGAAGUCAGAUAACAUAACUUCUCUUUCAUCAAUGGUAGAAAACUCUUCAAAAAGCCAAGAAGAUACCAUAUUCUCAGUGACAGGGGAGCCUCAGGUGCAUAUGGAUCCCACUCAUAUUCAGUCAGAAGAGGAAGAAGCUUCCAGCAUUGAUUCAAAAAGUGACCAAUUUGAAAUGAAGUCAGCUCAGGAUAGCUCAACUAUCUGCAAGGAAAAGCCUUCUGGAAAUGUCAUCCAGGCCUUUCCAACACGUGUUUCGGAUAAGGCAAGUGCUUUGACAGAGGGAGGAAUUUCUGUAGAGAGGAUGCCUCCCAGAAGCCUUUCCCAAUCUUUGGGGAAGCCGGAAGCUGAAGGAGCCUUCUUAGAUUCAGACAGUAUUUCAGAGGUGGAAAGUGGUUCUGAUCAACAGCUGACUCCUGGAUACGUUUCCCAGUCUCUGGGGAAGCCCAAAGAUGAAGAAUUGCUCUCAGAUUUAGAGAGUGCUUCUUCAGAGAAGGGCAGUGGUUCUGAACAGGAGCCGGAUCCCAAAUAUUCGUUUCAGCCCGUGAAGUCCAAAGAUGAUCAAGAAGCCUUCCCAGAUUCAAACAGUGUUGUUGGGAACUUGUGCAAUUCUCAUGAGCAGCUGGCUGCCAGGUGUGCUUCCCAGACUUUGGAGGAGCCUGAGGACAAAGUGCCCACAGAAUCAAAUAGUAAUUCUGCAAAAUACAGUAAUCCUAAGGAUUUGAGCAGUUCCGAGGGAGAUAUGCCUUCCAAACGUCCUUCUCUGGUGUUGGAGAUGCCCACAGCCCAAAAGGAAAUCUUGGUUUCAAAGAAGACACUUCAGGAGUCAGUUGUAUCUAUGGAGCAGACUCCUCCCAGAAACCUUCCUCAGCCCUCUGUGAAGCCAUCUGUUCAGCAGCAACUCUCCUCAGAUUCGGGGAAUGCUUUUUCAGAAUGGGUGUCAACACCUCCCAUGAACUUUUUCCAUUCCUGGCUGAGCCCUGAAUCUGAGGAACAAGCCUCUGCAGGUCAAGCAAGUAUUGCUCCUGAGUGGGGCAUUUUUAUGGAGCCACUGCCUCCCAGAAAGCAUUCAAGGCGCCUGAUGAAGCAUAAAAUUGAUCAACCAAUCUCCUCAAGUCCAGAAAUUGCUAUUAUUGAAGGGACCACUUCUACGGAGCUAAAGCCUUCAAGAAAUAAUUCUCAGCUUUCAGUGAAACCAAUAGCUGAACAAGAAAUCUCUGCAGGUCCAGAGAGCACAGCUGUUAAGGGGAGCAUUUCUAUGGAGCCUCCUUCUAACAUUUUAGCCCAGCCCAGGAUGAACCCAGCAAUUGAACAAAGUGUGUUCCUAAGUUCAGAGGGUGCUGGUAGGAUCAUUUUAAUGGAAUCAAAAUUCCCUGAUUGCUUAACAAAUCCUCAAGACAAGCAUGUCUUCUUAGAGAACACUGCUUGUAAUAAGGACAUAUUUGUGGAACCCCUGUAUCCAAACUUCCCUGGUCAUCCACAGACUAUUUCCAGUGACCCAGGGAGUGCGUUCACAGGGUGGAGUAAUCCUGUGGUGCCUCCCAGACACACAAAGGGCUCCUGGGUGAUCACCAGCUUUGAACAACAACCAUCUGCAAGUCCAGGGAGCACUGCUGUGGAGUGGGGAAAUCCUAGAGAGCCACUACCUCCCAAAAUGCCUUCUCAGUCCCUAAGAAGACCAGUUGCUGAGCAAGAAGUCUCAGGUUUGAUAAGUGCUCCUAAAGAAUGGAGUGGUCUUGUGCAGCAGAAGCCUUCUCCAUAUAUUUUGCAGCCCUGGGCGAGCCCUAAAUUUGAGCAAAAAACCUAUGUAGGUUCAGAGACUCUGCCUCCCAGAAAGCCUUCACAGCAUCAGAUGAAAUCAGUAGUCAACCAACCAAUCUCUGCAGGUCCAAAGAGUGUUGCCAUUGAGGGAGACAGUUCUACAGAGCAGCUGCCUCCCAGACAUUGGUCCAUUGUGAGACAUAAAAUCCAGAAAAUGAUGCCAACUUCUGAGAAUGCUGCUGUUGGGUGCAUUUCUGAGAGGCCACUGCCUAUCGAAUAUCCCACCCACUUCUCAAAGCCUAACAUUCAAGAAAUAUCCUUACAUACAGAGAACCCUGCUGUUGAAGGAAGCAUGUCUAAGAAGUCACUGCAUACCAAGUGUCCUUCUCAGUCAUUUGUGAAAUUUAUGGCACAGCAUGUCUUUUCAGAGAGCCCUAAUGUGGAGGAGCAGGUUUAUGUGGAUCCUCUGUCUUCUAAUCAACCUUCCAAAUAUUUGUUGAGAUCUACAGUUGAGCACCAAGCUUUCUCAGGUUGUGAGAGUGCUGAUAUCGAGGGAGGCAUUUCUUCAAAGCUGCUGCCUAUGAAAUUCCCUUCUCAUUCCUUGGGUUGGCCUGAAGACCCAUAUUCAGAAAAUGCUCCUGUUAAGUGUAGCUAUCCUCAAGAGCAGCUGCUUCCUGGAUACCUUUCCCAGGCAUGGGGGAAGCUUAAGUAUGAGCAAGAAGUAUCCUCAGUUUCUGAGAGCUCUCUUAAAGAAUGGAAGAGUUCUGAAGAGCAGCUGCCUUCCAAAUGCCCUAUCCAAGCUGAGGAUGGGGCUGAAUUCCAGCCACAGAUUUCUUCAACAGGCUCAGUGAGUGUACCAGUAGAGAGGAGUAGUGCUGAGAAUCGUCUGCCUGCCAGACACCCUUUCCAGGCUUUUACAGAACCUCAAUAUAAGCACCAAGUUUAUUCAAGUUCCACGAGUGCUGCUGCCAAGGGAGCCAUUUCUGAGAGCAAUCCUAGCAGCUGGUCCCUCCCAAGAGGUCCAGCUUCUCCAAGCAAAACUAGGGGACACAGCCAAGACUCUGAAGAUCUCUUCAAGGACAUCUCAACUCCUGCUACCAAAUCUGUGAAGUUCACCCUUGCUCCUGCAUGGCCACCAAUCACUUCUGGGGACACUUACUCUAAGGAGGAUGUUCUUGAGAGUAGUGAUCAAAAUAACGACUAUUCAAAUUUAUCCACCAGUGAGGCUGAUGUUGAAAACCUCUUUGGAGUUCGACUGAAAAGGAUCCCUUCCUCACAGAAGUACAAGAGUAAUGAACAAAACAAUUCUACCACGCUUCCUUCACUCCCCUUGGGCCCAGUUUCAUCUUACACAGAUAGAGAACCACAAAUCAGAAGUGCUUCCCAGGGGCUGCUGGGCAUCACCAAGAACCUUACCACAACAUCUGAUGUUGCAGAGAAGCAAAAGAGCAAGCCUAAAUCUGACAGCAUGCUCAAGAAGAAACCUGAUUACAAGAUCCCAGGAAAGGCUCCUGGUAAACAGUCAGGUUCUGCCACCUCAGAGCCACCUUGGAUAACCAUGGUCAAGCAGAAGCAGAAGAAUUUCCCUACCCAGGUUCCUACAAAAGAGCUGAAAACCAAGAAUAAAGCUGGAGCAAAGGCUGGUACUAAAGUGCCUAGAAAUGAGGGAGCUGACCUUGCAAAACGAAGCCAACAAAGAGAGAUUUCUACUUCCAAUACCAAUAGACAGCAGAAGACAGCACAGAUUAAGAUACAUGUCUCUACCAAAGCAGUGGUUCCAAUAGGAUAUGAAAAUGAGAAGAUAAUUCAAAUGCCUGCCAUGAGAAAAGAAACCAGACAAUCUUCAGCUCACCCAACCAUGUUCAAAGAGCCAGAUGAGCCAAUCUGGUUCUCCAUGGCCAAGAAGAAAGCCAAAGCAUGGAGCCAAAUAACAGAAACCAUGCAAUAAGUAGCUCCUGGGUGGAGUAUCAGCAUUUCAAAUGAUAAUUGCCAAGAGCUUUAUUAAUGCUAUGCACUGAAUUACUUAGAAAUGUAACAAUUUUUUGAUAAGCAAAAAAGCCUUAAAACGGGAAUUAAAACUAAUAAUUAUGCGAGGGAAACAAAUGCCACAAUGCCUAAUGUUUAGUACAGUCAUUGCCAGCAUCUGAAAACCCAGCAUUUCCUCUAUAAAAACUAUGUAAAACGUAGAAUUUUGAAAUCUUUAACGUUGGGCAAUGUGCUUUAAAAGGGCAAAAGUAAAAACAUUUUGUUGGAACAACUAAGAUAGGGGUCAUUUCCCUUGAUCAAAUAAAUUAAUUCUAAUGGAAAUGUCCAGAUGAUUUGGCUCAAGGAUUGGCUUUUAGGUUUCUGAGCCUAAUUAAAUGCUUUAGUUUUUGGUUGCUGCUCCAACUUUGCAAAGGCCCCUAGAAAAGGUGGUGGAAGUGAAAAUCCUGGUCUCCAAGAAAAAUUUU